AUGUUUGGGAAACAAGACAAAAUGGACGUUAGAUGCAGUUCAGAGACUGAAGCUAACCGGGUCUCGAAGAACGGACAUAAAGAGGGCAAGGAAAGCAAAGGGUCUGAAGGAAAUAUUUCUACUUCUUUUUUGAAGGAUCAGCAAGGGACUUUUUCUGCCUCUGCAGCUACGGAAGGUUGUAAUAAAAGUAAAUCUAGUUCGGCUGAUCCGGACUAUUGCAGGAGGAUCCUAGUUAGAGCUUUCCCGGGGUGCCCUUCCCCGGGGGGAUCCCUCGGGGGGCCGCGGCUCUGCCCCGCGGGUCGGGCGCGCUCCUUCCGCGCCCGCGCAUCCCUCCCGCAGCCGGGCGCGUACGAUGGUGCGGGGCUGCGGGCAAAAAGGCUCUCUCGGAGGGCAGAGGUUCUUUCUGUCAAGGUCUGGUUCCAGAACCGGCGCACCAAGCAGAAGAAGGACCAGGGCAAAGACUCGGAGCUGCGAUCGGUGGUGUCCGAGACCGCCGCCACCUGCAGCGUCCUGCGGCUGCUGGAGCAAGGCCGGCUGCUGUCCCCGCCGGGGCUGCCCGGCCUCCUGCCGCCCUGUGCCACCGGCGCGCUGGGCUCGGCGCUACUCAGUGAUUUCUAA